UCUUUUGAUAAAUAAUUCUACGAUUUAUUAAAUUACGUCUCUUAAUACUUUAAAAUUCCCGCGGUAUUUUUAAAAAAUUCAAAACCCGGUAUACAUAAAUAUAUGAGAAACGCGCGCAUGUUUUGUAUGUAUGGUAGCAGUAAAUCUGUAGACCCUGUAACAUCAUCAACAAAAAGCGACACCAGCUGUAUCAGUGGCAUCACCAGUAGUUCUCAUAACUUUUUUUUUAUUCAAUUUAGUCACGUCUCUCCCUUAACUUGUUCAUUUUAAUUCUAUACCUGGUGACAUUAAAUACUUACUUGUUAUAAAAAGUGAAUAAUUAAAUAAUUUAUCAUGGCACAAAGCACCAGAUUAAUGUCAUUAUCAUCAUUACCAGGUGGGUUACUGAGAAAACGUACGAAUGGAGUUAUUUCAACUUCUUCUAGACUUGCAAGCUCGUGGUGGUCGCAUGUGGAAAUGGGCCCACCGGAUGUUAUUUUGGGAGUUACGGAAGCCUACAAAAGAGAUAAUCAUCCUCAGAAAAUAAAUCUUGGUGUCGGAGCUUACAGAGACGACAAUGGAAAACCUUUUUUAUUACCCAGUGUUUUAAAAGCGGAAGAGAGAAUCAAGUCGAAGAAAUUGGAUAAAGAAUACUUGCCUAUUUCUGGUGACCCUAAUUUCUGUACUAAUAGCAUUACAUUAGCACUUGGAGAUGGUAAUGAUGUGGUAGCUAAUAAAUUAAAUACAACAGUGCAAGGUAUUUCCGGUACGGGAUCAUUGUGUAUUGGUGCAUUUUUUUUGAGUAAAUUUUUCCCUGGUAACAAAGAAGUCUACAUGCCAACACCAACAUGGGGAAAUCAUAUUCCCUUGUUUAAAUUAGCUGGACUUACUCCUAAAUCUUAUCGUUACUAUGACCCUAAGACAUGUGGGUUAGACUUUCAGGGAGCUCUAGAAGACAUUUCUAAAAUUCCAGAGAAGUCAAUAAUUCUUUUACAUGCCUGUGCUCAUAAUCCUACGGGUGUUGAUCCUAAACCUGAACAAUGGAAAGAAUUAUCAGCGUUAAUUAAGAAAAAAAAUUUAUUCCCAUUCUUUGAUAUGGCGUACCAAGGUUUUGCAUCAGGUGACACAGCGAGGGAUGCAAUGGCAGUAAGAUUGUUUGUGAAAGAAGGUCAUCAGAUAGCUUUAGCUCAAUCUUAUGCCAAAAACAUGGGUCUUUAUGGCGAACGUAUUGGAGCAUUUUCACUGGUGACAUCAAGUGCUGAGGAAGCGGCGCGUACGAUGUCGCAAGUAAAAAUAAUCAUCCGUCCCAUGUUCUCCAAUCCACCUCUCAGUGGUGCUCGCAUUGUAAAUGAAAUCCUCAGUGAGCCGCUACUGAAGCAAGAGUGGCUUGGAGAUGUCAAAUCAAUGGCUGAUCGUAUUAUUGGAGUACGUAAUAAAUUACGUGAAGGCUUGAAGAAAAAUGGAAGCACUCGCGACUGGUCACAUAUCACUGAUCAAAUUGGAAUGUUCUGUUUCACUGGACUUAAACCUGCUGAGGUGGAAAAAUUAACAUCCGAACAUCAUAUUUAUUUAACAAAAGACGGUAGAAUAUCAAUGGCAGGAGUCACAUCGAAGAAUGUUGAGUAUUUAGCUCACGCAAUGCAUCAAGUUACCAAAUAAAUUCAAAAAACCAUAGACUUAUCACAUUAAAGUUCAAAAUAUAAUUAAGUACGAAUUUUAGUCUUAGUCUCAGUCAUGCUACAGACAAAACUCCACCGAUUAAAAACUCUGAUUCAAAUUCAAAUUAUAACUGCAAUUACGUCAAUCAGAAUUUUUAAUUACAACUAAUAAAAAUUUAAAUAAUUAAAAAAAAAAACAAUUCAUAUCGAAAUGCAUUUCCGUAACUAGCACAUUAAAUUCCAUCACUGCAGGCAGUGUAAUGUCUAAAAUUGAUAAUUAAUAUCUACUUUGAACUUUUAAAUUAAAAAUAAUUACAGUGACAUUUAAAAAAAUAAAAUUAAAUAAUUAAUUUCACGAAAUACAUUUUUUUACCAAUUACACAUUUAAAUUUUCUAAUCAAAUUACAUAAUUGAUACCAGUGUAAAAAUAAAUAAUAAAAAUAAUUAAAUAAAGUAAUUGAAGUUAA